CAUCCCAAUGGGUGCAAAGUUCACCAGAAUUCACCUAUUCGUUAUCCUUGCAAAGAAUAUGGUUGUGUUAAGUUUACCUUUUCUGGUUAUAGUUAUUGUGAUCCUCACGCGCUAAAACAUCGUAGAAAAGAGUAUAGACAACAGAAAAAGCUGGAAAAGAUAGCACAAAAUGGG